ACGACAGCGAACCAAUCUUUAUCUAGUUAUUGUCUUUAACACGCUUUCCGUCGAUCAGGAUGGCUUACAUUGAAGAAGAGAUGAAAAAGCGAAGGGGUGAAGGAGAUAUUGGCGAUCAGACAUCUGCGGAGGCUAAGGAGAGUGGAAGCUACCAUGACAUCUAUGAUGAGCUUUACAAAAUACCUGACCAUCUUAGGGUUGACAAGAAGCCUGUCGUCGAAGGCAAUGUGCAACUUUCGACGCAAAUGUUGACUGCGAUCCCUGAAGUUGAUUUGGGAAUGGAUGUACGACUACAAAAUAUUGCUGCCACAGAGCAUGCGAAGCGGGCAUUAUCAGAAAAUCAGCAAAGUGGCAACAAACAGAACAAAAACACAGAAUACAAUGCCCCAAGCCGAUUCUCUAUGCCAAAGCAAACGACGCACGACAACAACCGAUCACGCAGCGAUAAAAGGCAUACAGCGACUGACGAUGCCGUUAUGGAGCGAUUUAAAAAGAGGAUGAGGAAUUAAAUUAUGUACAAUAUCUGUUAUAAAUAGAUGAGAGUUUCUAAAAUAUUGA